AUGACUUUCCUCAUGUUUUUAAUAAAAGGUAAGCCUGAUUAUUGGGGAUAACUAGAUACUAAUAUAGAAUACUAGAUAAAAUUGGAUUACUCAUCAAAAGCAAAUAGUAUAAUAAUAAAAUUUUAUGUGUCUUAAUCAAAAGCAGUGUGUUUAGUAUCAUAAUCAAGUUUAGGAUAAGUAGCAUUUACAGAUAUAACUGAUUCUAAAAGUGAAUCUUAUGCUCAUGAUUAUUAGGGUUAUUAAGCUAAUAGUGUUUAUUAAUUAGUAGAAAUAGACUUUUAAUAACUAUUAUAUAUAAGAUGUUUACAAUCAGAAUAAAAUAAUACAAAAAGUUCAUAUGAAUUAUAUAUUGCAGAAAGACCAUUUAUACAAUCUUGUAUUAAUGAUUGUAAUGGAUAUAAUUACCCUGAAAUUCAGAAUUCUGUUUGUGUAUCAAAGUAAUGUAAUUGUUUAGAUUCAUAUUAUGGAUUAUUUUGUCAAUUUUAAUCAUCUAAAAUAUUUAGCAAUGUUUAUUAUAAAUUAACAAUAGAAUCUAAUAAAUGGAUAUAUUUAUAUUAUGAAUUAUCUACUACUAAUAUAGAAUUAUAAACACAGAAUGAAUAACAGGAUGUAUUUUAUAGCUUAGUUUCUGAAUAAACACCUUAAAAAACAAUACCAAAUUUACAAAAUAGUUAUAAAUUAUUAUCUAUAGUAAAUGUAUAAGAACAAAUAAUAAUUAUUGAUGCUGACGUAAUCUAUAUAGGAAUCUAUAAUAAUUAAUCUGAAUAAAUUGAGUUUUAAUUUAAAAUAGUUACUUAUUAUGAAGAUGAUGAAUCAGUAUUUGAACGCAAUAAAAUAAUUAUUAUACUAACUGCUUGUGUUAUUGCAACUCUUUUAUUAUUUGCAUUUGGAAUUUCUGCAUUAAAAACUAGAAAACAUUAACAAAUUCGUAAACAAGUAUAAGAAACUAUUCGGAGAAAUCUAAAUUAAUAAGGAAUUUCAGAUUAAUAAUUAUAAUCUAAUCGAGUAUUUGAUCCAGCAAUCUAUAAAGGUUUUUAAAUUAGAUUUAUUAAAGAUCAUUUUAAAGCUCAUUAUUAUGAUAAAUUUAUAUAAAUAUAUCCUGGAUUAUCAUAAUUUGAAGAAUGUGCUGUUUGUUUAGAAUAAAUGAAAAAUGCUAAUCAUAAAUUAUAAAAGAUUUGUAGUGUUACUCCUUGUUUUCAUAUAUUUCAUUAUAUAUGUUUAUAAGAAUGGUUACUUAGAUAAAAGAAUUGUCCAUUUUGUAGAACUCAAUAUAAUAGAAAAAAGAUAAUAUAGGAAUUCCCUUGGAUAGAUAUUGGAAAUUUAUAAAUCAAAAAUACUGAUUCCAAUUAUCUAAGUAGAAUAAAAAAUUAAUUAGAAAGUGUUAAUGAAAGUCGUAUAGAAUUAAAUCAAAAUUAAUAAUUAGAAUAAACUAAUCAAUUAUAAGAAAUUAAAGAUUGA